CUCCACCCCCUUCCACCACCAUGGUCCCGGCGGGCAGGAGCUGCCCCAGGGCGACAGCGUGGGCGUCGGGCACCAUGCCCCUGGCCUUCGGGCGGACCCCCAGCUGCCCCCGGCCCCACCGUGGUCGCCCGCAGGGAAAGCCCGGCCCCCCGGUCCUCGCCCUCCCAGCGCCGGACAUCCCCGCCCCAAACCCCCCCAGACACUGAAGACCCUCCCCCCCCCACCCAAACCCUCAUCCGAACCCCAGCCAUGGGCCUGGCCCCCUAAACACCCCAAUCGCACAGAUCCGGCUCACCCGCCUCCCCUCUCCCCGCUUCGGAGGGGCGGCUCCCUUUUUAUUUUCAACCUUUAUUUUCCACGCUCCGGGCUCCCACUCGGCAGGCCAUCGCGUCCUUUGGUCCCUCGCGCAGGCCUCCCGGGGUGGGGGGGGAUGGAUUCGUCCUGAAGGAUGGGGCCGGCCGCCUCUUCAUUGCACACCUGAAUCCCGCGAAAGAGCUCCUUUUAAUUCUUUACCCCUCCAUUUCACCCCCCCCCCCCCCCCAAUUAGGGCCAGAAAGCCGCUUCUGUCCAUGCGUGAGCAGAAAAUUUAGCCCGCACCCCUUCGUCCCCCGCCAUUAGGGCAGGAAAGCUGUUUUCUGUCCAUGCGUGGGCAGAAAUUUUAGCCCGCUCCCCUCCCCCAUCUCCCUUCGCACCCCGGCCCCGCAUCUUCGUUGUCCAAAAAUGGGUAGACGAUUUUUGUUCCCCGACCCUCCAACCCGACGGUCUCCUAAGAUUGCCUGAGUGCGGUUUUCUUUCUUUUUCUGGGGGUUGGGUGUGUGUUUGUGGGGGGAGGGCCGCCUUUGCGUUUUUUUAGCUCCCCAGUCCUCGGCGGGAGUGAAACGCCGUGUUUCUGUUGUACUUGAGUCUCGCGACGAAAGUGCCCGUAGUCUAGCGACAGUUUCCAAAGGCUCCCGUAACCACCCGAAUUUCAAAAUGGGAGACCCCAACUCCCGGAAGAAACAAGCUCAGAACAGACUUCGUGCUCAGCUUAGAAAGAAAAAAGAAUCUUUAGCUGAUCAGUUUGACUUCAAGAUGUAUAUUGCCUUUGUAUUCAAGGAGAAGGGUGUAGGUUCGUCGACUCGGCGGGACGGUUUUGCACUUUGGCCUCUGGGGGAAAAGAAAAGGGAAAAGUCGACGAGCGGUGCCUUCCCCUCCUCCAACGGUGUCCAGAAGAAGAAGUCGGCGCUCUUCGAAGUGUCCGAAGUGAUCCCGGUCAUGACGAACAAUUACGAAGAGAACAUACUGAAAGGCGUGCGGGACUCCGGCUAUUCCCUGGAAAGUUCCCUGGAGCUCUUGCAGAAGGAUGUGGUGCAGCUCCACGCGCCUCGCUACCAGUCCAUGCGCAGGGAUGUAAUCGGCUGUACCCAGGAGAUCGAUUUCAUUCUCUGGCCUCGGAAUGACAUCGAGAAGAUCGUCUGUCUCCUGUUUUCUAGGUGGAAGGGGUCCGAGGAGCCCUUUCGGCCCGUCCAGGCCAAGUUUGAAUUUCAUCAGGGCGACUACGAAAACCAGUUUCUGCACGCACUGACCCGAAAGGACAAGACUGGGAUCGUCGUCAACAACCCGAGCCAGUCGGUAUUCCUCUUCAUCGACAGACAGCACUUGCAGACUCCAAAGAGCAAAGCUACGAUCUUCAAGUUAUGCAGCGUCUGCUUGUACCUGCCUCAGGAGCAGCUCACCCACUGGGCGGUCGGCACCGUGGACGAGCACCUCCGCCCUUACAUGCCCGAGUAGGGCUCUGGCCGGCGGGCCCCGGGGAGGAUGACGGAGCCGGGCGGCGACGGCCGCCUCCCUCCCUCCUCCCCGUCCUCCCCUUUCACAGUCCGGAAGAAAGUAGGACUCACGCGCAGAACGCUACGUGUGCAUCGUGAAACUCGCCCAUCCCGGAUCCUGAUUUGUCCGUCUCUUGUCGUCCCCCCCGCCCCCCCCCUUUUUUUUUUUUGGUUUGGGGUUUUUUUUGCGUUCUCCCCUCCCCCUCCAUCCGUAGCGCAGAACUUUUUUUUUUUUUUAAAAGAAAAAAAGGGAAAUUCGGAUGUCUUCUGCACGGACUUUGUGAAAGAGGGUGCUUUUGCAGAGCCCUGCCCCCCGCGCGUCACCGUGAAACGAAAAGACUGUCGUCGUCGUCGUCCCCCGCAACGCCGAAGCCGGCGGGGCCCCCCCCCGCCCCCGUCCCCGCGGCCCCGCUCCGCCUCCCGGCCGCGCCCGCCCGGCGCCGCCGUCGGUAUCCAGAGGGCGAGAGGCCCACGGCACAGGUAACGAACCCAUCCGCCGCCGGGAAAAGCCCCGCCGCGACCGCGGGGGCGAGGGAGCGCCGUCCGGCUCCGUCCAGCGAACGGAAGCGGUCGCUCCGAUGGGAGCGUGGGGAAGAGAUCUGAGGGAAGGGGAAAAAGGAGAAAAAAAAAAAAGAGCAGCAUCUCAUCCAACGUAGGCAUCCUCCGCCUCUCAUUUUGCCGGGCCACGUUAAAGUUCGCCGACACUCAGGUGGCUACUUAGGAAUAUUCCCCCCCCCCCCCCCCCGGAUCUCUUUCCCCGUGUUGCUGUAUUUAAAAAAAAAAAAAAAGAAAAUUCUGCCGAGCGGGUCUUGAGUUCCACACUUUAAAAGAGACCGGGAGUCCGAGGUAACCCUUGCGGCUAAAUUUCAGAGGAUAUAAACGAAGAGCUGCAGAAACCACGCGUGACAGAGGGUUUUCGUCUUUUUUUUUCCCUUCCCUCGAAGGAGUUUAAAAAAAAACAAAAAACAAAAAAAAAAAAACAAAAACAAAGUAUAUAUAUUGCUGGUGAACUGUGCAGGAAAUACCGGUUUCUGAAACGCUUCAGAAAACCCCAAGCGAGUCUGGGAAGAGAAGCUGUCGUAAGACGGUCGUGACCUUAACGAGUGGGGGGGAGGGGAGAAAUUUAAAAAAAAAAAAAAAGUGUUUUGGAGCGUCGGAGUCAGUUCCGCCAGAACAUAUUUUGUUACGGUUGUGCAAUGAAAAUGAGGAAGACUACUGUAUAGUUUUUGAAGAAGGCUUCGCUCAAGGCUUGAGUAUUUUAUUGGAGUAAUUCUGUAUAAGCCUACUCCCUCGGGGGUAAAAACUAGCGCUUACCUGUUUCAAAUCUGUAUCUAGCUUUCGGUUGGAAUCGGAAACCGUGGAAAUUUUAAAUAAAUUAGGUGAAAGUUAA